AUGGCAUCUGUCAUUCACGAGGCAAAGACACCAUUUGAAGUGCUGCAGGAUGAGAAGAAAGCUGCAGCAAAAGAUUCCUGGGACCCCUUUGCCAGUCGAGAGGAAUGGGAGCUGGCGCAGUGGUUGAUGACUGCCGGCCUCAGUCAGACCGCUAUUGAUGACUACCUAAAGUUACCUCUGGUCCAGGAACAUGCGAACCUGUCAUUCCAUAACAAAAGAGCCUUUUACCAGAAGGUUGAUGCACUCCCUCAAGGACCGUCCUGGUCAUGUGAGCUCUGGGAGGUUACGGGAAAUAAAUUAGAUGAAAAGGGAAAUACUUGCAUCAAGACACUGGAGCUAUGGAAGUGUGAUCCUGUCGAAUGUGUCAAGGAAUUGAUUGGAAAUCCUGCAUUUAAAGAUGUGAUGUGA